AUGGCGCCGCGGACGGGCCGUCCCCGGAGCGCCUCGACGGCGCGGCCGCGGUCGUCGAGCCGUGGUGACGCGCGCGGCGACGGACGCGCGCGAUCGUCGACGCGGCGGUCCGUCGCGCGCGCCGACGCGCGCGCGGACGACGACGACGCGAGAUUUCCGCCAGUAGCCACGACGCGAGAUUCGCAUCAUUCGUCCCCCUCGUCGUCCGCGCGUCGCGUCGACGACCGCGACGCCGUCGACGCGCACGUCCAGGAGAUGCGCGACGUCCUGCGCGCGCUGCGACGCCGCGACGAGCUCGUGGACGCGGCGAGGCGCGCGCACGACGCGGCAUGGGACGAGAAGCACGCGCGGUUCCGCGAGCGAUGCGCGGACGUUCAGGCGACGCUCCGCGCGAGGCACGCGGACGCGAUAGACCGACUCCGCGAGCGCUUGGAGGACGACUCGCGGGUCUCCGCGCCGAGCGAGUGGAGCCCGCAGCUGGAGGAGAUGCGCCGGUCGCAGAGGGCGCUCGUGAAGAAGAAGCGCUUCGGCGAGGCGCUCGACCUGGUGAAGCGGCUCGAGGAGCUCGAGGAGCGCGAGAUUAAAAAACAUCGCGAGCGCGUCCGAGAGGCGAAUAAGGCGACGCUCGAGGAGAUGUUCGCCGCGCACGCGAAGGAGCGGGCGGUGUGUUUGAAGGAGAUCGCCGCGGAGGAGGAGCGGUUUCGGAGCGUCCGACUCAGGGCGACGCGCGCGCACGAGAAGGAGACGCGGAGGAAGGAUUACGUCGCGAUUUUGGAGAAGGCUGACGCGGCUGCGGCGGACGCGGCGGCGGCGGCGGCGACGAGUAUGAAACGGUCGACGCGGCCGCGUUAUCGACGAAGCGCGGGGCGGAUGACUUCGGAGGAUAGCUUCGACGAGGAGGAAGAGGAGGAAGAGGAGGACAGUCCGCGGUUCCCGUCCCCGGGGGAGAAAGUCCUUAAGGAACGGCGUUCACCACGCGAACGGGGUCGUAUGGGGACCAUUGUCGCGCGCACCGUCCGCCCGUUCCCGAGCAGUCGACUCGCGUCGACGAGGGCGAGCGGCUCGCCGUACGACCUCGUCGAGCAGCGCGGCACGCCGGCGAGCGCAUCGCGCGGGGGGGGCUGGUCCUCCCCGACCUCGACCUCGACCGCGACGGCGACGGCGACCGCGGCGACGAAACGCGGCGACGCGGAGGCGGCGGCGGAGGCGGCGGAAAAAGAGUCGGACGCGCCGCGGACGACGCGGCCGCCGCCGCCGCGGUCGCAUCGUGGCGAGCGCGACGGGGAGUGCCCCGCGAGCGCGCGGGCGCAUCCUACUGCUGCGAGUAUGGAUGAAGCGGAAACGUUCCACGCCGGGCCGUUUCGUUUGGACGGCGUGUACCCGAGCGAGCAAGCCGCCGCGCUCGCGAGCAUCUGGCGGGUCCAGUCCGCGACGCUCGCGCCGCCGCCGCCGCCGCCGACGCCGCCGGCGGAAGGCCCGAGCGGCGCGGAAGCGCAGGCCGCGGCGGACAGCCUCACCGCGGCGGCGAUGCGAAUGACAGGGGCGGCCGCCGUCGUCGUAAAGAAGGACGAGAACGACGCGAGGGACGCUCCGAGAUUCGCGAAGCGCCAGUCCUUGACGCAAAAGCGACGAGAGCUCGAGACGCUGAAAAAGCUGGAGGAUGACGACGACGACGACAUCGACGACCUCGACGAUAUCGACUUGGUCGCCGCGGCGACGCCGAAGCGGCUUUUAGAACGGUGCGCGAACGUCGUCGCCAUCGCGGCACCGGGACCGGGACCGGGACCGGCGGCGGCGGCGAACUCCGACGCGAUCGGGGGGGGAAGAGGAAACGUCGGACCGCGCCUCGAUCUCUCGCGCGUCGAGCGGGUGUCCCAACCUUUAGGUCUCGCGCGCGGCGUCGCGCGGGACGUCGUCCCCGACGGCGUCGGCGACCCGGGACGCGACAAGCCGGAAGCGGUGAAGGGCGCGGCGAUUCUUCGACGGAUACUCGGACCCGAGGACGGGUAUCGGAGCGUACGCCGCGGCGCCGCGGCGGCGGGCGGCGGGUCCAAUUUGGGCGCGUUGGGUCGCGUGGAGACCGGCGACGAUUCGCAUUCACAUUCUAACGGCGGCGACGACGAUUCGCGUUCCAGUUCUUCGUUCCAAUUCGCGAGCGUCCUGGGCGUCGAUCCGCGAAGGACGCGGACGCUGGAGGAAUUAGCGCCGAGCCCGCGGCCGCCUGCGCCGCCCGUCGCCGCGACGGUCGAACGCGGGAGCUCGCGGCUGGCGUCGCUGCACUCGUCCCUCGCGUCGGAGACCGCGGCGGCGGCGGCGGCGAUCGAAGAGGACGUCGCGGACGUCGACGGCGACGCGUUGAACGCGCGAUUGUUCGAUGAGACGGCGGCGGCGGCGGCGGCGGCGGCGGCGGCGCGCCGAGAACCCGAGCUGUCGUUGAGACCCGUCGUUAACGUCGCGGGACUCAGCGGCGCGUAUCUGAAAGCCGCGAAGGAGGACUCCGCGACGUACUCGCGUUCGAUAUCUCUCGGCGUUGACCCGCCGCUGGCGAAGGACUCCGCGAUGCGCGCGGUGGUGGACGAUAACGGUCGCGCUGCGGCGGUUUCAACGGCGCAGGCGGCUGCGGCGUUGGCGGCGUGCAAGUACGGCGCGCGGUCGACGGCGGCGCCGGCGACGUCGACGUACGGCGCGUACGUGGACCAAUGGAAACCCUCGACCGUCGAAUCUACCGAAUCUGCGGGUACUGUUUUUGCUGACGUGUCCUCUUCACAGCCACUCGUCGUCGCGAGGCCGUCGGUCGUGGCCGCGUCGAACCGCGUCCCGAUGCCGUUGGGCGAGGGCGUCGACGUCCUGUCCGGCCUCCCGACCUCGGAAUUUCUCAAAGCCGCGAAGUUGGCGCGAAAAGCCGCGAAGCUCAAGCUCAACGGCGGGAUCAAAUCCGACCCGUUCGCGGACGAGAACGACGACGACGACGACGCGAGCGUGUACGGCAGCAGCGCCCACGGCGGCUCGCCGGGCGGCAGCUCGACGAUGUCGAGCGUCGCGGACGCGGCGGCUGAAAAAAAGCCUCUCGCGCCGGUGGAGGAGAAGGAAUACCCCGCCUUCAUCAAAGCCGCGCGGCGAGGCGAAUACGCGAAAGUGAAGAAGUACUUCAAGCGCGGAAUCGACGCGAACGUCGUGGACACGUUUGGGAACACCGCGCUCAUCGUCGCGUGCCAAAACGGCCACGGACGGAUCGUUAAAAUGGCAGAGCGAUACGGCGGAAACGUCAACGCCAAAAAUAACAAGGGUAACACCGCGUUGCAUUUCACAGUGCAGUUCGGGUUCAACGCGCUCGGGGACUUCCUCGUCGAGAAGGGCGCGGACAAGGACGCGAAGAACGCCGCGGGUUUAACGCCGUACGAAGGCAUCGGGUGA